UUAGAUGAGAAGAAGCAGAUGGUUGCUAAUGUGGAGAAGCAGCUAGAAGAAGCAAGAGAGCUGCUUGAACAGAUGGAACUUGAAGUUCGAGAGAUCCCACCCCAAAGCCGAGGAAUGUACAGCAGCAGAAUGAGGAGCUACAAACAAGAAAUGGGAAAACUUGAAGCAGAUUUUAAAAGGUCACGGAUUGCCUACAGUGACGAGGUGCGGAAUGAGCUCCUAGGGGAUGAUGGGAAUUCCUCAGAGAACCAGUUGAUAAAAUUACGUGAAGAGAGGGCACAUCUGCUCGAUAACACAGAGAGGCUGGAAAGGUCAUCUCGGAGACUAGAGGCUGGAUACCAAAUAGCAGUGGAAACCGAGCAGAUUGGACAGGAAAUGUUGGAAAACCUGAGCCAAGAUAGAGAGAAGAUCCAGCGUGCUCGGGAAAGGCUUAGAGAAACAGAUGCAAACUUGGGAAAGAGCUCCAGGAUCCUAACUGGAAUGUUGCGAAGGAUCAUCCAAAACCGGGUUUUGAUAGUUAUCCUGGCAAUCAUCAUCUUCGUCACCAUCCUGAUGGCUAUUUUUUUUUCUGUCAAGGGACACUGAUAUGUUGGGUCUUCACUAACCAGCAACAAACUGCUUGUUCUGAGUAAUUAAGACAAAGUGGUCACAUGAAUCAUUCUCUUGCACUGACAGAAUCUCCCUUGUCUUUGCCGCUGUUCAACUCAGGUGCAAGUAGUGUAAAAAAAUCUUGUAUUGUUGAUUGCAUGUGGAUUUCAUUUUUUCUCUCCCCCCCCCCCUUUAAAGUGAAUGGUUUGGGAAUCUUCAUAUAUGGAUUUUUAUAUACAAAACAUAACAAAGAAGAAUUAAUGUGUGUCAGAUUCCAACCCAGACUAUUCAUAUGUAAGUUGCAAGAGUUUCAAAGGAAGGUGAGGUGUCACCACCCUUUUUGUGUUGUGUUGAGUGUAUAAAUAUCUAGCAGUAUCUGGUCUUCCAUGACAUUGGAGAACAUGAGUAAAGCAGAGACCAAAUGAAAGUGGUAAAAAGUGAACCUGUCCCAUGUCAGACACUCCUGUUCAUUAAAUUGUCAUAAAAAAUGUUAAGUAGUUAUUUUAAAGACAUCACCUCAUGGCGGAGGCUGUUUAAUACCUGAUGUGAACCUUCUGCUCUUUUUGACACCAUUUUUCUUUACUACUGGAAACUUUUCCUUUUGCACCAAGUCCCAGCGAGGAAAUGUGCAUUUUUUGCCCAACAUCUAAUAGUGAUUGUAGCGCAUGGUCUUGAAUCAGGUGUGUAUCAUUCCAAUGUUAAUAUAUGUUGUGAUAAAAACAAGGUAUAGUCGAUUUUAAAAGAGGUGUACAAAUACCUACCUGUUAUUUUUCUGCUGUAAAGAAAACCUAGAUCACUAUUUCCAUGAACACAUACAAUCAGAUUACAUGAAAUGCAAACAGAAUUAAAGAUUUUUAAUUAUGGAUAUAAAAAUGAGUUCAUGUGCAGAACACAUUUUUAAUGAAUUGAACUCCCACUUAUCAUUGACUUUUUAAAUAGAAUGUGUAAAAAUGUUAAUUUAUACUAACAAAUAUUGUUAGCUGAUAUAUUGUAUAAAAGCAUCAUCUUAUAGGAGAGUAGUGUAUAAACGAGAUGUGUUUUUCUUCCCUACUGGCUAUGUAUCUUCUGCAGUGUCAUCUAAUUCAUUUUGUUUAUAAACAUAUUCUUAGCUCUAGCACAAGUCUUUUCUUAGUAAUGCCGUAAAAGAUUUUGCAUGAUCCCUUUUUAACUCAUGAUAUGUAAUCUAUUACAAAGCUUAUGAAUCUAGAGCGUUUGUGAUCCCUUAAACCGUAAAUAUUUUAGGAAGAGAUUUUCAAAGGAACAAAGAGCAGUUAGGUACUCAACCCCUUUAGAAGUUAAUAAGAGUAGAACACCUAACUUCCUUUUGUGCCUUUGGAAACUCAGAGAUUCUGCUUUUGGUUACAUCAAUGCAGAUGUCAUUAAUUCCCAUGUUAUCACUGCUCAAGCAACUGAGAGCAGAAUAUGGCCUGAAAUGUGGUGACUGUCUUCUGUGCAUAAAAAUAAAUCCGUUAAAACUCCCGUGAUUUUACUAACCAAGUAAGCCUCUCAAAGUGCAGUAAUGAAAUGAGCGAUGGAAGGAUUUGCAAGAGAAAUAGUACUUACUGAAACAAGGUAGGGUGUGCAUGUGUUCAGGUAAAUCAUGUAGUGCAGUGUGAGUAGAACUACAGCUUUUACCUCCAAUAAUGGUGUGACGCUAAGUUCAUGUGAAGUGGAACGUGGACAGGUGAGGAAGGGAAAAGUUUGCCAGUGUUGACGCGUAUUUAUCCAAGGAGUAGAGGGGGUGUACUUCCCUAAAUCUUUGGUCUGAAUAACAAACUAUUGUAAAUCUAAAACAAGAAGAAAGUAUUAAACUCGUUUCUCUUACUGGAUAUUCCCAAAUAUUGAUUCAGUGAUUAUUGUAAGGAAUCUAUUCACAGCUACUUAAAUAUGGCCUGUAAUUGGUUAUACCCUC